AAAAACUCCGCCCGCGUGUCCGUAUUCCGUGGCCCGUCCAUGUUCGUAGCCGCACCCGGCCCGUGAGAUAAAGUAUUAUCAAAAUAUCGCUGUUAAUCAUGUACGGAGAAUAAUACUGUAGCGUGCAAACGAUUCUGUGGAAAAUAUCGAACAAGUUGGCGUGUUGAAAUAUAAGUGCGGCACAGUUUCCCGAGGUCGAAUCUUUUCGACGGAUCAUCCGGCGAGGCGGCCGGACAGCGCGGCGCGCCUCUGAAAGAGCGCGUCGAGACGCGUUUUGUGCUUAUCGACAUUUGGGACAAUUUUAUUCAACCCAACCUCGGACCCUUGUUGGCAUACUGCCGUUUUAUAGACAACGCAACGGCGUGCGCGUGUCUAUUCGCCUAAGAACUUGACCACGAUAAACCGUGGUAGACUUUUAUUUACUCGUAUUAAUUACCGCAGUGUACAUCGUAUCGUAUUCGGCGAAGCGCAAUUUUGCGCGUGGCGCAGUUCACCCGACGUUGUUUGUCUACCUUAGUUCCGUGUAUGCAAUCGUUGCAUACCUUUAUAUCAACGCCUCUCUGUGAAAACUGCAGCCGCAAGUACGAAAACAUUCAAUUCAACUACUGCAGCUCUUAUUGAUAAUCUACUUUAUCAUCCUCCAACCUAAGGUUCGAUUCUCAAAUCGAAUGAACGAUACACACUGUUCAAUGCAACAUUGUUGAUGAUCAGCAUACGUUCAUUGUUAAAACAGCUGCCUUGUUUCAAGUAAACAUCAACAAGAUUAUACACCCCCAUUUCUCUGAAUAUCUCACAAUGAAUUUUUAACGAGGCAGAAUAUUUCUGUCUUCACGACUUACUCUUAUUUCCCUAAACCCUCUCCCACCCUUCCCGGCUACUUGCCGUAUAUUCAGUGCGUCGUACAGCCGAAGUAGCUGGCUAUCGGUCGCAUUGCUUCGUAACGUGACAAAGAUCCUUGCCAAGCUAGAAUAAAAGAUGCAGCAUCGCGGCGGUGAAUCGAAAAUAAAACAUGAAGAGCAGAUACUGGAAGCUAUAGAUCAACUUCGGCGUAGAAAAGCUCGGCCAGAUGCAGAUAGAAUUUGUAAUUACUUGUUACGCAAAUGUUCUGUCGAUGCGCGUGAUACAAUCGCGGAUCUCCAUCGGCUGAUAGAAGCUGAGAAAGUGAUCCAAGUAGACUACAAGGGAAACACCAGUUACCGUAAUGCCUCUAAGUGGUCGAGGCUUCAACUUUACAAGAAUAAACCGGAGGGCUUUGUGAAGGAAAAAUUGAACCCGUCAAUGGUUGCGGGCGCGGUGGCGGAGUUGGUUGUAGCCGAACCGGAUUACCUUGAUCAGGGCGUACCGGCGGACAGAUUGAUCGAGCAGUUAAUGAAUGGGAGCACAAAUCCGACGACCCGACGCGUCGUCGAUGACUUUUUGAACAAAGAAGUGGCGAGCGGUAAUUUGACGAGGUUGAACAACGGCAAUUACUCGCUGGUGGCAACACCUGACAUGACGCAAGAGUCCGUUCAGCAGGAGAACGCUCGUCAGGAGAACGGUAUUAAAAAAACCACAUCCCAGAAUUUGUCCGUGGUGAAUGCCUACGAUUUUGCCGAAUGCGAUGACAUGACCGUAACGGAUUCCAGGUCAAAUACGCCAAAGUCGUCCGGCCAGACGAGUCCGAAACAGGAUUCACUGAAAAAGGAUGAGUAUUGCGAAAUCGUCACUGGCACUAAGCAAACCUUGCAAAAUUCUCACAAGGAUACUUCGAGCACGAAAUCGCGUUCCCGUUUCACCGAUAAUAGGGAAGAAUCCUUGAACAGGAGCAACAAUCAUCAGCCUAACCUUAAAAAGGCAUCGAAAUCUGAACGCAAACAACGGCUUGAAGUAAGGAGUGAAGAACCGGUUGAAAUUGAAAUCAAUUACGAAGACUAUCGCAACGAUCGUAAGGAAGAAACAGACCAGAGAGAUGAAUCUGAACAGCUCAGCGAGGAACGUGAUGAAGAGGAUGCGGGUAGAAGCUCCACCAACCCUUCGCCAACUCCGUCAUCUACUAAUGCUGGUGGAUUCCGAAGCGCUCGCAGAAAGAGAGCGAAGAAAGUCUUUGAUCCAUCAGACAAUAAUCUUGUGAGACGAAAACGAGGACGGCAACCUGGUUCCCAGAACAAAACGGCAGUGAUCGUAUCACAGGAUUCUCAAGAAGCGGUAAAACCAAAUACAAAAGAGGGUCCACACAGGCAUUGCAGCCUUUGUGCAAAACAGAAACAAGAGCGACUUGUUGCAUGCCGAGAUUGUACCGUUAGAGCGCACCCCAGCUGUAUUUACUCUCCAGAAGAACUGAUACACAAAUUGGACAGCAGUUGGCAAUGCGAACGGUGCAAGAGCUGUACAGUUUGCUGCGAAACAUCUGAUGCUGGUCCGCUGAUAACUUGUUAUUCCUGUGACGAAGCCUAUCAUUCUUCGUGUCACACCCCUCGGAUAUCAGUUACUAAGUCGACGACAAAGUGGCACUGUAACAACUGCACGCAAAAGCACAAUAAAGCAAAUAAUGUUCACAGCUUCAGUUCCAACACGAGCCGUCCAGUAACGCCUUCACAUCCAUCUGUACUGCCUCCUGUUUUAAGUCCGCAAGUUUCCCCUGCUAGGGGGUCUUCCGAUCAAAUGGAUGAUGAUGGACCCAGAGAUGGAAUUGACCCAAAUAUCCCUGACGCUUCAGACUGGACGUCUGAACAAGUUUAUCAAUACUUUGCGAGACUCUUUCCCAAGGAAGCUGAAGUUUUUAGACAGCAGGAUAUAGAUGGUCAUUCGCUAUUGCUUAUGAAGCGUUCCGACGUUUUGAGCAGUAUGGAUUUACUUCUGGGACCAGCAUUAAAGAUUUAUCGACACGUUUUGAAACUUCAAAUACGCAGAGACGAUCCUAGAUUGUAUUGGCUAUAAAAUAGAACCUCAAACCAUUUGCGUAAUAUUUUCUUUUUAUUUAACUCUGCUUUACAUGGAUAUUCGUUAUUAUUACUUAUUUUGAAUAGUGUAUUCCAAAACUCCAAUAUCAGAUUAUUCUUCAAUUGACAAUCAUCGGUGAUACCUAUUGUUUUUCUAUUUUUUUUCCUUCCAUAAGAGUACAAAAAUUGUGUACUGGUCAAAAUAUUGCUCAAUGUAAUAUUUACUUGCGAAUACUAUACUCUACUUCCAAGCUCAACUUAGGGAAUUUUAAGUUUCCGUCCUUUGUGUUAUAUCAGUUUUAAAUUGAAACGGUUAGUAUGCAGUGAUGGCACCGUUUUUAUUGAGCCUUUAUCCCUCCAUAAAAAUGACAAAGAAAUCUAUUUUAUUAUUCAAUCAUUUAAAAGUGUUUAACGUGAAAAUGAAUGUACAGUACAGCAUUGUGCAAAAAUAGAUAUUAUCAUUUGUUAAAAUUGAGCACGUAAUAAUUCACUUAGAAAAACAAGACAUAUUACAAACUGAGUUCGUAACUUUUAGAUAGUUGGGCUAUAAAUGCAGCCACAACUUUGUAAAUAUUUUGCUUCUUUGGUCUAAGAAUUGUUAAAAUUCUGACCACUGAUUUUUGAUAAAAUGUAAGGUCAAUUCGCUUGCACCAGUUUCAACUGAACAUACCUAUAAUAAUUAAAACUGGACAUGCUGCAUUAAAACAAUAAUUUUGUCUAUCAUUAUAAUAACGCCAAUCGGGUGAAAUAAAUACUAUUUAUGUACCUCAAUGACAUAUUAUUUUCUUUAUUUUCAAUCUUGUGUAAUAACAUGACUUAAAACUUUUUUACUGUCAAGUCUGGCACUGUAUUCCAUCAGAACAUCUCAGUCUUGAUUCAUUCUAACGUACAGUUUGCUAAGUCUACAAAAUAUCAUUUUCUAUCCACCGUUCCGUCUAUAAACAUAUGGCAAGAUUACUUGAUAGAUUUAAGAAAUUGCGUAUGUCAAUUUAAUCAAGAUUUCGAGCUUUCUGUAAACCAAAUUUUGCUCGAAUGAUAUAGUUAGGAUCAAAAAAAUUUACACGUACAGGUGUUUUAUUUUCUAUUCUCGAUCAUAACUCAUUUUUCUAACGAAAAAAAGAUUAGAAUAUUCUUAUUCAUAAAUCUUUGUGUAAUGUAAAUGGAGAUAAUAUUACGUUACAUCAUUAUAAUCGCAUAUUUCCGAAAAGCACAGACACUGAGAAUUUCAAGGUGUUCCGUAGCGCUGAAGAUUACUUUGUCAAUAAUUUGAAUCAUUCAUGACAGUUUUCAACAUGCCCAAAGCUAUGUACGAUAAGAAAAUUAUUUAUAAUAUAUAUGUAAGAUACAUGUAAAAAAAGUGAACACUGAUUUUCUCAGACUCGGACCACCUUGAAGAUUUAAAGACAUUGACAGAAGCUUACAUUAGUAAAUAUUUAAAGAGAAAGGAUUGCAUUGCUCAAAGAUUUGGCGCACUAAACCAUUCAUGUCUGUUUUCAAUUAUAUUAUUUGAUUAUGGAAACCGUAUUAAUUAUAAACUGUUUCAGACGAUUUAUUGCUUACAUUUGUAAUCGUAA